AUGCACAAAUAUCAAACAUAUAAACAGAGCGCUGUUCUGAAGCACCAGUACUCCAUGAACCAGUUCAGAACCAUAUCACUCUUGAGUGUAGAAGGGAAAAUCUUCUUUGCCAUACUUGCCAGGAGGAUGACGAAGUACAUGACAUCGAAUGAGUACAUCGAUUCUUCUGUGCAGAAAGGAGGAAUUCCAGGAUUCCCUGGAUGUAUUGAACACACCAGCGCAAUCACACAGCUAAUUCGGGAAGCCAAGAUCAAUCAAGGAGACUUGACAGUUGUUUGGUUAGACCUGGCCAAUGCAUACGGUUCUGUCCCCCACCAGUUGAUUUUCAAGGCGCUGGAACAUUACCACAUCCCGGAUCACAUCCAGAAGAUCGUGAAGAGCUACUUCAGCAACAUUAGGCUCCGAUUCACGGUCAGGGAGAUAACAACAUCUUGGCAGGCACUUGAGAAGGAUAUUGUAACAGGAUGCACUAUAUCGGUCAUACUCUUUGUGAUGGGGAUGAACCUGAUCAUCAAGGCGGCAGACCGGGAGACUAGAGGACCCAAGACUUCAUCAGGAGUGCGAGUACCACCAAACAGAGGGUUCAUGGACGACCUGACCAUAACAACUACCACCCACGUGCAGGCGCGAUGGAUCAUGUCAGCACUCGAGGAAACAGUUGGAUGGGCAAGGAUGAAGUUUAAACCAAGGAAAUCUCGAUGUGUUGUGAUAAAGAAAGGGAAAGUGACCAGAAAGUUCAAGCUCUCGAUACAGCAGGAGGAGAUCCCAACAAUCGUAGACAAUCCAAUCAAGUGUUUAGGAAAGUGGUUUGAUGCUAGCCUGAACGACAACAAGAAUAUCAAACGUUUGCAGAACCAGGUGGAAGAAGGUUUGAGGAGAAUUGACAAAUCAGGACUGCCCGGUAAAUUCAAAUCGUGGAUGUACCAACACGGGCUCCUACCACGCCUCACGUGGCCUCUAACCCUGUACGAGGUUACCACUACCACAGUGGAAAUCCUGGAAAGGAAAAUUAGCAAAUGUCUACGACGUUGGCUUGGAGUCCCCCCAAGUUUCACCAGUGUGGGCCUUUACAGCACCACAGGCAAAUUACAACUCCCAUUAUCAUCACUGGUAGAAGAGUUCAAGGUGGCAAAGGUUAGGCUGGUGAUGACUGUUAGAGACUCCAAAGAUGAGAAGAUCCGGAAUGCUGGAAUUGAGACUCGAACAGGACGCAAGUGGUCAGCAAGUAUUGCGGUACAGGAAGCAGAGAGCAGACUAAGGCACAGCGACAUCGUUGGGACUACCUGUAUAGGCAAACAGGGGUUAGGGUCAACGCGGGUGGAAAGGUGGGGAACAGCAGACACGGCUGGUAGAAGGAAGAUGGUUCAAGAUAACAUCAGGAAGAUGGAGGAAGAGAUCAGGAAGGUUAAAGCUGUAGAAAUGGGAGCACAGGGAGCAUGGACCAAAUGGGAGACAACGGAAAGACGUCUUACAUGGGCAGAUAUCUGGAAGUUGGAACCAUGUAGAAUCCAGUUCCUCCUGCGAUCAGUGUAUGAUGUCCUACCAACACCUACCAAUCUCCACCGAUGGGGGAUGACGGAAAACCCCAACUGCCCACUGUGUGACCAACCGGGUAACCUGGCCCAUGUAUUGUCAUCGUGCAACACCGCUCUGACCCAGGGGAGAUAUACAUGGAGACACAACAAUGUACUGCGAGAGCUAGCAGACACCCUUGAGAAGGAAAGGCAGAAAAGAGGAAAUGUACCAAACAUCAACCGUACAUCAACUUUGUAA